AUGAACAACUCGGUAUGUCUCAUCUGCAAAGGUAACAUUAAGACAAUCUUUGCAGUGCCAUGCACAUGUGAUCAUGUAUUCCACCUCGCCUGCCUCAUGCGGUGGAUAUCACAGAAGACAACCGAUCACUACUGCCCAUGUCCUCAAUCAUCUUGUGACAAAGAAUUCGACUCUCUCAAUGUCCUCUCAACGGAUGUGGGCGGUUUGAAAUUGUUAACGACAAUAAAUAAUCUUAUCUGUCCCAUCUGCAUCGACGUCUUAAAGUCACCUAGUGUAAUUAUGAAUUGUUGUGGAAGAACGAUUUGUCUUGACUGUUUUAUCCCAGCGCUCGAGCGAAAAUCGGAAUGCCCAAUGGACAGAAGUGGCUUGAACGAAAUUACUGCCUUGUCUUGGACCCAGGAUUCAGCAACACUUUUCAGAGAUUAUAAUCCAACUGUAAAAUAUUUAAAAGAUAUCGGACGUGCUCUGUCAUCAAACUACACAUGUCGUCUGUGCAAAUCUCCCGAAGAUGCCGAUAAUAUCUACUUUUGUAUUUCCUGUUCCGCUUAUUAUCAUCGCAAAUGCGAUCCAAACAUUGUUUUCCAAUGUCAUCCUUUUAUUUGGAUAUGCAGAUCGUGUAUUGAACAAUCUAGAGGGGAACCAAAAUGA